UAUGUAUACGUAAAGUAUUAUACAAUAUGCAACACGUACGAAAUAAUAAUAAUAAUAACAACAUAAUAGCCGUCUGGCCGGCGUUCGUCUCGUGGGCGGUCGGUCGCGGCGGCGGUGGCGUUCGGUAGUGGCGACGGCGGCGGCGGCGGCGUGCUUACAGCUGCUGCUGCUGCUGCGGGCCGACGAAACCAGUUUUUCGAGUGGGAGAAACGGAUCCGGCGGCGGCCGUACGCAAAUACGACCUAACGUCGCGUGCCUGCGCGUGUGUAACGUAAAAACCCGUGUGUAAAUCGUCGACCGGUCGCCGCUGCGUCAGUGCGCGUCCGUCUAUCGUGUGCGGUUCGCGAGUCUUAACUCGGCGUACGUCUGCUGUUUGGCACCGGUGUCGUAGUGCGCUCUCCGUGCGAUCCGUCGCGACGUUUUUCGCGUGUGCGUGUUCGUUCAUUAUAAUUUUCACCGUCGUCGUUGUCCCUUAAUAAUCGCAAUAUUAUAUAUUGCUUUCCGUCCGAGGACACCCGCUGCACCGACCCCCCCCCCACCAACGUGCCAUCGUCGUAUCCGCCGGUGCCGUUUCGUAUCCGCAGUCGUCUUCGCGCGGUGCGGCUCUGUCCGUAUUCAUCUAUGUACGGCUAAGGAGCAAAUGGCCGCCGAGUGGCCGACCUUAGCCGUCGUUGUUGUGCUCGCGUGCCUCCUGUUGCCGACCGGCGGCGACGGCGUCCGACCGCGGGACGACGACGGUCAGCAGCAGCCCUCGUGGUGCCAGAAAGAAGAAUGCAAGUGCGAGCAGGACGACGAAAACCGCUUGACCGUGAAGUGCGCGUUUUCCGGCGAAAAGGACGUGGUCUGGGAAACGGUCAAGAACCUGAACAAAUCGCUGGUGGUGCUGGAGUUGAACGGCGACGGCCUGUGCAAUCUGACCAUAAACCACAAGGUGCUGGUGGCGUUCGCCGGUCUCCGGUCGUUCAACGUGAGCGGGUUCGACCGGGCGACCAUCUGGUCACAAGGGGUGCUGGCCAAGAGCGCCCGCACGAACUUCACGGUGAACAUCAGCCAUGUCCGUCAGCUGUAUCUGGACACGAAUGCGUUCAAUCCACGCGACGGCACGAUGGACGUGCUGGUGGAGGACUGCGACGUGGUCCGGCUGGGCAGCGAGGCAGUGUCCAAGCUCCGGUCGUUCGUGUUCCGCCGGAUCCGCGUCCUGGACUUGUCCAAGAACACAUUCAAGAACGCCGGCACGAGUUCAUCGAUCAAAGAGAUGAUAUUGGAAAACCUGAAUGCGGAAAAAUUGCCGUCGUACGCGUUCUACACGUCCAUUGAUAUGCUGUUGAUCACCAACUGUACGUUCGGCACGAUCGAGCGAAAAGCUUUUCCGAUCAAUGACAUCGGCAACGCGACGCUGACCAACGUUACCGUGGACCGGGUGGAGGGCGAAGCGUUCCAACAUUCGACACUCAUCUCCAAUUUGCGAAUGAUCAGAUGCGUCAUCCGGGAAAUGCAGAGCCACGCUAUCAUGUCCGGCGUGCAGAGCAUAGUCAUCGAACAGUCCAAGUUCGAAUCGGUGGAAACCUCGGCCGUGGCGGUGGCCACAGAGCUGAAGCUGUACGGGAACACUUUCACGCGCGUGGCCGGCCGCGGGUUCGUACUGCAGAACUCGUACGUGGUGCUGGUGCACGGCAACACGUUCGAAGAGAUCGAGGCCGAGGCGUUUUACGAGUCGACCUCGUUCGGCCCGGAAACCGCGGGGUCGGCCACGAAGACGACGUUGCGCGUCACCGACAACAGUUUCCUGCAGUCUCCGGCCGGCGGCAAGUGGUCGCCUCCGGUCCGGCUGCAGAGGGCGGCGUCCGAGACGAACGUCACCGGCAACACGUUCGUCGGGUCGUGUGGCUGUGGCCCGUGGCGGUUCGUCGACGUGGCCGGCGACAACAGUACCGCGGCCGACGAUGACGACGACGACGACGACGACGACAACGACGGCGACGACGAAGACGAGUUCGCCGACCUCAACUACUGCCGGGUGAACGUGGUUGGAGCGGAGUGUGCCAACCUGACGGGCGCGGAGUUCGACCACUUGCGGAUCGCGGAGUUUACGACGGCGGCCGGGUGCGACCGUGACGACGGGACGGCGUUCAACCGAUGCGUCCGGGACCGGUUGACCGCAGCGCGGGAUGGCGUCACCAGUCGUUCUCCACCGAUCGACUUUCUGACACCGACCGCGGAACGGGGAGUCAUCACCACGGUGGUGCUGUUGGUGCUGUGCGGUUUCGGUGCGGUGUGCGCCGUGAGCGCCGUCACCUGGCUCAACGCCCGCGGCUACUUCAUCAAGCUCCGGUCGCUGCUCACCCCGAACGGCAGCGGCGGCGGCGGUGGCGGGGCCGGAACGGCUUGCAGGACCAUUUCGGCGCACUCGCUGUCCCGGAUGUCCGUACACGAGUACACCGAACUGCAGCGGCUCAAGUUGGGCGGCGGCGUCGGCGGUGGCUGCGGCAGUGACGUUGGCGCCAUGCGGGUGAUCGUAUACCAGGACAAGGGCACGCAGACGUUACCGGAAGAGCUAACGCACGAAAUGUUGCAGAACCUGCGCGACAAGCUGGACGAUCCGGACGACUAUGCCGAGGCGCGGGGCAUAAUCGAACACCUGUACGACCUGAUCCGGGUGGAGGAGACUUGCUGCGGCGACAGCGGCGUCGGCGGCGGCUGGUACUCGGCCGGCGGAGAGGGGCUGGACGACAUGACGUCCACGGUGACGACCAAGGCGGUGGCCGCGGCCGACGGUCGGCCGCGGGACGUCAAGUCGGUGGGCACGGGCGCGCCGUCGCUGGACAGACUCCGGACGCCCAGGAUCAAGAUGGCCGGGGCGGGGGCGUCCACCGACGUGACGGUUUCACCGCGGUCGCCGGCCGCAGCCGCCGCCGUCUCCGUCGCCGUCGGUCAACAGCGAUUACGUGGACCCGGUGGACCUGUUGUACGGCGGCGCAGGAAAUGUGCGCGACGACGAAUCGUACACGGACAUCUACUGCGAGCUGACCGACCUGCGAUCGACCGCCGAAGACCGUCCGCCACCGCAACCGCCGCAGCAACCACCGCCGGUACCCGACAAACCGACGCUCGUCUGAAGGUCCUCCACUGCUGCCAAUCACAUCGUCGUCGGCUCUCGGCUGCAACCCUAUACUAUUCCUAUCGAUCGAUUUCGCCGUCGUCAACCGUUUCUCGUAUUUCGUUUGGUCGAUUAACAUACGAUAACAUUACAUUAUUAUCGAUAUAUGUUUUAUUAUUUUUUUAUAUUUCUGAUGUGAAAAACUCCGCUCGGUACCGCCGCAAGCCAUCAGCUGGCGAGCUACGUUUGAGAGAGGUAUACACACGCGCCGAGAAACGCGUUAUUUUGUACAUACCUAUUAUUAUUAAUAUUAUUGUCAUUAUUAUUAUUGCUAUUAUUACUAUUAUCACUAUUGUAGUGUGUCCACAGGUUUAUACCGCGUGUCCUCGAAAACAGGGUUACACGCUGCGUGAUUAAACUACCCACAUUACUCGGUGUACUUUAUACAUUCUGUUCUGAAUUCUGUUUUCGGGACAUGAAACUAGACUGUCUGAUCAUCAAUCCCCCCGCAGACAGAAUUCAAAAAUAUGUAAAGGGUAUCGAGUAAUUUUGGUAACCAAGUGUACCCAGUUUUCGAGGACACGCGGUAUAUAAUAUAUAUAUAUCUGUUUAUGAUUUACGUUUACAUCACGAUAUUCUAUAUGUGAUGCUUAUUAUUCUAUCCUGUUUUAGUUUUUUUUUUUUUUUGUAUUGUUGUUUUUACGUAUCAUGUAAAUAUACUGAAUGAUUGUUUUAUCGUGAAUCGUGCAAUAUAUCUGCAGAAAACUUGAGGAAUUCAAUUUUUUUUCUUCACAUUUUCAUAAGAACUACUAUAUAAUAGGUAACCAUAGAAAAAUUAAAAAUAUUGUCGUUCUUAAACGUUUGAAAAAAAAAAUUGCUUUUAAAUUCCUCAAUCCCCCCCCCUCUACCCUAAAACAUCACGGACCACAAUCCAGUCCACGAUGAAAAAAAUGUAUUCAUUCAGAAUAUAAUCAUGUAUUUUAUAAAUAAUAAAUGUGUACCUACAUUUAAAUUUUUAAUACACACGAUACUUACAAACGAUAUAUUAUUAUAACUUAAAAGAUAAAAACGAAAUUAUUAUAAAAUGUAUAAAACGAUGAUUGUGAUUUAUUUUUAAUGAAAAUACAAAAUUAUUAUGAAAAAUGACGAAUAUAGUGUACUACUGUA